AUGGCCGAUAAAGAACUGCAGUCGGCGCUCCAGCAGCUCCACCAGACGCUCAAGUCGCGCAACUACCAGCAAGCCACAACGCUCCUCUCCAAGGCCAAGAUGGCACUCCUACAACUCAACGCCCUUAUUCCGCAAGAAAAUACAACGAAGAAGCAACUACAGGCCGCCCGCGAAACACUUGAGCUUGGCGCCAUCAUCUCCAUCCGCCUCAAAGACACCGUCUCCUUCACACGCUACUUCCAGCAGCUGCAGCCCUUCUACGCGCUGCCCGCCUCCACUCUGCCAAAAGACGGCAGUCAAGCCAGCAAAGUCACAGGCCUGUAUCUUCUGCUGCUGCUGAGUGAGGGCGACUACGCGGGCUUCCACACACUGCUUGAGACGCUAGAGGUGGCGGCAGCGCAGGAAGGGAAGGGUCUCGAGGAUGACCAGUUCAUUCAGUACCCGAUAAGGCUGGAGCAGGCGCUUAUGGAGGGGAGCUACGACAGGGUGUGGGGCGAUACAAAGAGCGAGAGAGUGCCGAGCGAGGAGUUUGGCAUGUUCUCAGAGAUCCUCAUCGGCACAAUUCGCAAGGAAAUUGCCUCCUGCAGCGAGCGCGCAUACCCCUCGAUCCCCAUCUCCGACGCCAAAUCUCUGCUGUUCCUCGACUCGGAAGGCAGCGUUGUCAACUUUGCGCGUGAGUCUGGCUGGGUCGUCAAGGACGGCCGGAUAUACUUCCCUCAGCAGGAGGACGACUACCAGAGCAAAGACAUCUUGGUCACGAGCGACCAGGUCAUCGAGAACACACUGGGGUAUGCUAGGGAGUUGGAGAUGAUUGUCUAG